AUGGCCAAAGGAGAGGGCGCCGAGAGCGGCUCCGCCGCGGGACUUCUGCCCACCGGUAUCCUCCAAGCCGGUGAACGCCCGGUCCAGGUGAAGAAGGAACCAAAGAAGAAAAAACAGUUGUCCAUUUGCAACAAACUUUGCUAUGCAGUUGGGGGAGCCCCAUACCAGGUGACGGGAUGUGCCCUGGGGUUCUUCCUGCAGAUCUACCUGUUGGAUGUAGCUCAGGUGGAUCCUUUCUCUGCUUCCAUCAUCCUGUUCGUGGGCCGAGCUUGGGAUGCCAUCACAGACCCCCUGGUGGGCUUUUGCAUUAGCAAAUCUCCCUGGACCCGUCUGGGCCGCCUCAUGCCCUGGAUCACCUUCUCCACACCCCUGGCCAUCAUCGCCUACUUCCUCAUCUGGUUCGUGCCCGACUUCCACCAGGGCCAGACCCUGUGGUACUUGCUUUUCUACUGCCUCUUUGAAACACUGGUCACGUGUUUCCACGUUCCCUACUCAGCUCUCACCAUGUUCAUCAGCACGGAGCAGAGUGAGCGCGAUUCUGCCACUGCCUAUCGGAUGACCGUGGAGGUAUUAGGUACAGUGCUGGGCACAGCAAUCCAGGGGCAGAUCGUGGGCCAAGCAGAUUCGCCUUGUAUCCCGGAUGGCAAUGCUUCUACAGUCAAUCGCACGCAGAGCUCCACUUCGAUCAAAGAAACACAAAAUGCAUACCUGCUGGCGGCAGGAGUCAUCGCCUCCAUCUAUGUCAUCUGUGCGGUCAUCCUGACCCUGGGCGUGCGGGAACAGAGAGAAUCCUACGAGACUCAGCAGACCAAGCAGAUGCCCUUCUUUCGGGGCCUCCGGCUGGUCAUGAGCCAUGGGCCGUACAUCAAGCUCAUCGCCGGCUUCCUCUUCACCUCCUUGGCUUUCAUGCUGGUGGAGGGGAACUUUGCCUUGUUUUGUACCUACACCUUGGGCUUUCGGAACGAAUUCCAGAAUCUGCUCCUGGCAAUCAUGUUCUCAGCCACAGUCACCAUCCCCAUCUGGCAGUGGUUCCUAACCCGGUUUGGCAAAAAGACAGCUGUAUACAUUGGAAUCUCGUCAGCAGUGCCAUUUCUCAUCUUGGUGGCCCUCAUGGAGAGUAACCUGAUUGUCACAUACGUGGUGGCUGUGGCAGCCGGCAUCAGUGUUGCAGCUGCCUUCUUACUACCGUGGUCCAUGCUGCCCGACGUCAUUGAUGACUUCCACCUGAAGCAGCCCCACAUCCACGGGACCGAGCCCAUCUUCUUCUCCUUCUACGUCUUCUUCACCAAGUUUGCCUCUGGAGUCUCUCUGGGCAUCUCCACCCUCAGUCUGGACUUCACUGGGUACCAGACCCGUGGCUGCUCCCAGCCAGCACGUGUCAAGUUCACGCUGAAGAUGCUGGUGACCGUGGCUCCCAUAGUCCUCAUCCUCAUGGGCCUGCUGCUCUUCAAGCUGUACCCCAUUGACGAGGAGAAGCGGCGGCAGAACAAGAAGGCCCUGCAGGCUCUGAGGGAAGAGGCCAGCAGCUCAGGCUGCUCUGACACAGACUCUACAGAACUGGCCAGCAUCCUCUAG